CAAAAGCCUUUGCUUUCUUUGGUCCCAGAUAGGCUUCAAUGGGGCCUAGAGAAGGCCUCAAAUGCUUCUUAGCGUCUCGUGGUCUCCUAGCAACCGCGAGCUAGGAAUCAUGUCCAUGACAUUGGCAGUCGAAGGUCACUUCCGGCGGAACAGGCCCUAGAACGCCAGACUCUGAGGGCGGGGGCGAGUUCAGGGGUCUGGAACUCGUUUUAUCUCACUGGGUUGUACCAUUUUUCGCAGUUGGUGGGGGAGGCUGAGGAGGGAAAAGAGAGAGAAGGAGGAGGCGUAGAGAGGAAGGAAGGGUAUUAAGAAAGAAAGAAAAUUAAAAUGAUAUAGGAAUAUGUGACAAAAUGGUGGCGAGGGGCUCACAAGGGGGAUAAAUAGCCCCCUCAGCUCCCCCUCUCCUUUCCAGAAAGAUGGUUCAGUCCUAACAAGAUGGCGCUGGGAGGAGAGCAGCCUGAGUGUGGCAGGGUCCCUAUAAAGGCAGGCGUUUCUCUGUUGUGCAUAACUUUUCAGACCGCGACCGGAUUCCAGAAUGAAUCAGAACUCAAUCGAGCCUCCAGUAUCAGUUGAGACGUUGGCCGACGUACCUGAGCAUGUGCUGAAAGGACUUCCUGAGGAAGUGAGGCUUCUUCCAUCUGCUGUUGACAAGACACGGCUUGGUGUCUGGGCAACAAAGCCCAUUUUCAGAGGCAGAAAGUUUGGACCGUUUGUCGGUGACAAGAAGAAAAGGUCCCAAGUGAAGAGCAAUGUGUACAUGUGGGAGGUUUACUACCCAAACCUGGGAUGGAUGUGUGUUGAUGCCACAGACCCGGCGAAGGGGAACUGGCUCCGCUAUGUGAACUGGGCGCGUUCGGGAAAGGAGCAGAAUCUCUUCCCCUUGGAAAUCAACAGAACCAUUUACUACAAAACCUUAAAGCCGAUUGAGCCGGGCGAAGAGCUCCUGGUCUGGUACAAUGGGGAAGACAACCCAGCCAUAGCCGCUGCCAUCGAGGAAGAGAGGGCCAGCAACCGCAGCAAAAGGAACUCCCCCAAAGCCAAGAAAGGGAAGAAAAAAUCCCAGGAGGCCAAAAGCAAAGGAAAGAAGGCAACAGAUAAAAAGCAGGAGACUGUUCUGGAUUUAACUCUUGUCGACAUGAGGGAGCCCAAUGAAGGCCACAAAGAGGAGGAGGACACACCUUCUGUUUCAGCCGUGUUGUCACUGGAACAGACAGCUGUCAUACAAGAAAUGGUGAAUCAAGAUGCACUUCCAGGUUUGGUGACAUCCAGUCCAGCCAGCGAGCCACAUGCGUCGCCCGCGAACAAACCCAAUCCAGUAACAUGUGAAUUGGAUGUUGCAAGGGAGCAGGAAGAAGAGUCCGAGGAUGGCGAGGAUUCUGAAGAUGAUAUGGAGGAUGAAGAGGAGGAGGAGGAAGAGGGAGAGCCUGAGGAAGAGGAAGAAGACGUUGAGGUACCUACAGAAAGUCCUAACAUUGACCCUCUCUCCAUAUGUGAAGACAAGCUGGACUUUGUGGAAGAUCUGAGCAGCAUGUCUGAAGAUUCCCCUGAGAGCUCUCCCAAGAAGAGGCCUGGGGCGAAGUUUCCUAAAGCGAGAGGCGAGGCCAACAGCGUCCACCGAACGUUCAUGUUUCCCUGUCAGCACUGUGAAAGGAAAUUCACCACAAAGCAAGGCCUCGAACGCCACAUGCACAUCCACAUUUCCGCUAUCAGCCAUGCUUUCAAAUGCCGCUACUGCGGCAAAGCCUUCGGAACGCAGAUUAACCGAAGGAGGCAUGAGCGGCGGCACGAGGCCGGGCCAAAACGGAAGCCAUUCACAACUGUGGCUUCAGCCCAGACGGCUGAGGGAGACGCCUCCAACCCAAGGACUGCUGAGGAUGGUGCGAAAGAAGAAACGAACGCCAGGCCAAACUUGACACCCACCGAGCCUGAUAAGCUUCCUGCAGAAAUGCAGAACCCUGUUCCCACAGAGGAGAGCAAGGAGACCAAAGAGCUUCACCCUUGCAACUACUGCAGGAAGGUUUUUGGAACUCACACCAACAUGCGGAGGCAUCAGCGAAGGGUUCAUGAGCGCCAUCUCAUCCCCAAAGGUGUCAGGAGAAAAGCCGAAGAGCCACAGCCCCCGGUUGAGCAGACCCCAGAAGCCUCCAACGUAUAUGUAGCGAGCUCAGACCUAGAGGAAGAGGCCGAGGGCGACGACGUGUACAUCAUGGACGUCUCCAGCAACAUAUCUGAAAACCUCAACUAUUACAUCGAUGGCAAGAUUCAGUCCAACAGUAGCACAAGCAAUUGCGAUGUCAUUGAGGUGGAAUCUAGUUCAACUGAACUCUACGGCAUAAACUGUUUGCUAAGCCCUGUCACAGUGGAGAUAGCCCCAAAUAUAAAGGCGACCCCAGUGCAGCUAACGGAAGUAGCGAAAGAGUCGCCGCUCAGUGGAAGCGCCGAACUCAAGAAGAGAAGAACGACAAGCCCUCUUCUCCUACCGAAGAUAAAAACCGAAUUGGAUCUGGAACCAAUCACGUCCUUGUGCUCCUUGACUAUUCCUCUCACGAUAUCUACGGCUGAGAGCUUGCCUUUCCCCAAAGAAAAAAGUAUUUAUUUAUCUUCAAAACUGAAGCAACUUCUGCAGACCCAGGAUGGUAAUAAAGUGGUGCCGUCUCCUCCGCUGCCAUCGACGGAAAUGCCCAAGCUGGGGCAUCCUGCUGGAACUUCUCCUCUUCUGCCCACAGCCUCCAGCAGGUUCAAAAGGAGAACCAGUUCCCCUCCCAGUUCACCCCAGCACAGUCCAGCCCUUCGAGACUUUGGCAAAGGAGGCGAAGGGAAACCCGUUUGGAACGAUGCAGGCCUAGGCUCAAAAAUUCCCAAACUGGAGAGUCACAGUAACUCGCCCGCAUGGAGCUUGUCUGGAAGAGAGGAAAAAGAGACCAUGAGCCCUCUUUGUUUAGAAGAGUACAAAACCUCAAAGGACUGGGCACCAAGCCCUCCGUUUGGUAAUGUGUGCAACCAGCAGCCCCUGGACUUAUCCAGUAGCAUGAAGCAACGGACCAAUGGCAAGAACCAGGGCCAAGUCUCCUGGGAGUCAGUGUUAGAUCUCAGCGUCCAUAAAAAGCCAUGCAAUGAUACAGAAGCCAAGGAGAGUAACGUGGCCCUGCCGUCGUGUAGCAGUGUCAAGAAGAAGCCAACAACUUCCAUGUUACAGAAAGUUUUGCUCAAUGAAUACAACGGGACUGAGCCAGUAUCAGAAAACCCAAUACCUGAAACCAUAAACUUGUGCCCAUUAGCAGAAACUCAUCUGGAGCCGGAGGCUGAUGCUGGUUUGCUUGUACCAGUUCUCGAGUCAGGUUCCCCAAAGCCCUCUACCGAUAUGCCUUUACCUCCAGCAUCUAUUGUCCCUUCAUGCCAGGUGCCACCUCUCCUUACUCCAACAAACUCUCCUUCCCCGCCACCUUGUCCACCUAUGUUAAAGGUUCCUACACCGCCACCACCUCUGCUUCCAACUGUCCAUUCUCCGCUCCCAGAAGAACCUAUCAGCAUCACUCCAAAUUCAUGCCCAUCUCCUUUGUCAAAUACCACCGCUCAGUCCCCUCUUCCAAUCCUUUCUCCUACAAUUUCAGCAUCUCCCAUUCCUUCUGUAGAACCUCUUAGUUGUGCUUCGCCGGGGCCUCCGACUCUCUCCUCGUCCUCCUCGUCUUCUUCCUUUUCUUCCUCCUCUUCGUCAUCUUCGUCCUCAUCGCCUUCCCCUCCUCCUCUCUCUGUAGUGUCUUCAGUCCUUUCCCCUGGAGAUAACCUAGAAAAUUCAGUUCCCAUAAUGUCUUUCAAGCAAGAAGAGGUGGAGAAUGAGCAUCAGAAGCUAAGGGAAGACCAGCACCACCUGAACGAAGCUGAUCCCGUUCUAGAAACAUUCAACAAGAGCUUUGUGUGCAACGUAUGUGAAUCGCCUUUCCUUUCCAUUAAAGAUCUCACCAAACACUUACUGGUUCAUGCCGAGGAAUGGCCCUUCAAAUGUGAAUUCUGUGUCCAGCUCUUUCGGGAGAAAACCGACUUGUCAGAACACCGCUUCUUGCUCCACGGGGUUGGAAACAUUUUCGUGUGCUCUGUCUGCAAAAAAGAAUUUGCUUUUCUAUGCAAUUUGCAGCAGCAUCAACGAGAUCUUCACCCUGACAAAGAAUGCACUCAUCAUGAGUUUGAAAGCGGGACGCUGCGGCCGCAGAACUUUACAGACCCCAGUAAAGCAAAUGUCGAACACAUGCAAAGCCUCCCUGACAUUUCUUCUGAACCUCCAAAAGAGGAGGAAGAAGAUGAGGAACUGAAUGAUUCUUCUGAAGAACUUUAUACAACUAUCAAAAUAAUGGCGUCCGGGGUCAAGUCACGGAACCCAGACGUCCGUAUGGGCCUCAACCAGCACUACCCAAGUUUUAAACCCCCUCCGUUCCAGUAUCACCACCGUAACCCAAAUGGGAUUGGAGUCACUGCCACCAAUUUCACUACUCACAAUAUCCCGCAGACUUUCACCACCGCCAUCCGCUGCACCAAGUGCGGGAAGAGUGUCGACAACAUGCCUGAGUUGCACAAACAUAUCUUGGCCUGCGCAUCCGCCAGUGACAAAAAGCGAUACACACCAAAAAAGAACCCUGUGCCGCUCAAGCAGACCGUCCGCCCAAAAAACGGCAUCGUUCUCCCAAGCCCUGCUGGCAAUGCGUUCAGACGCAUGGGCCAGCCCAAAAGACUCAGCUUCAAUGUCGAGGUGAGCAGGAUGUCCUCCAGCAAACUCAAACUCAGUGCGCUGAAGAAGAAAAACCAGCUUGUCCAGAAAGCCAUCUUGCAAAAGAAGAAAUCCCAGCAGAAGGCAGAGCUGAAAAACAACGCGGUGGAGCCCAGCUCUCACAUCUGUCCCUACUGCAACCGGGAGUUCACCUACAUCGGAAGCUUGAACAAACACGCUUCUUACAGCUGUCCCAAAAAGCCCCUUUCCCCUUCCUCGAAAAAGAAAGCUAGAAAGAAAAGCGGGAAAGGGCCCUCUUCCAGCAGCGAGAAAAGCGGCAACCAGCGCCGACGGACAGCAGACGCCGAGAUCAAAAUGCAAAGCACCCAGGCUCACUUGGGAAAGACUCGUGCCCGAAGCUCUGGGCCCUUACCCAUCCAGCUGCCAUCUGCCUCUUUCAAAAUCAAGCAAAACAUCAAAUUGGUCCCGGCUGUUAAAUCCAAAAAGUCCGGCACCCCAUCAGCAGCAAAGAACGCCAGUUCUGUAAGGGUGACCAAAAUGGUAUCAGCCGAGGGCAAGAAACCGAAAGGGCUAGCCAAGAACAGCCCCUCGGGACACCCGAGCAAAGGCCCCUGCAAGUUGCACGUCCGGAUACAGAGGAACAAAGUGGCUUUGACCAGCAAGGGGGCUGUGGCGAGUAAAAAAAAGCGCGACCGGUUCAGCGCAAAGUCGAGGAAGAGGGUUGGAGGCCCCGUCACCCGGAGCUUGCAGCAGGCCUCUGGUCCAGAGGGAGCCGAGAACAAGAAGGAAGAAGCCAGCGCAAGGCAAGAGCCAAAAGAUUUCAGGAGCUUGCUCUGAUGAACUGACCGGCGAGAGAGCCUCCCAAUCAUAUAUGAAAUUUCUCAACUGACCGGCUUGAGACGUCUCACUCUUCGCUUGACCAGGAUGAGCCCAAAAGCCAAAUCCUCCAAGCUCAGAAGACCAAGCCAAGGCCAGACGCAGCGGACCACUGAAGAUGGCGGACUCCUUGCCACUGCGCUGGCCUCGGAGCUGGAUUUGAUAUGCGCCAAAAGGAGUCGGAAAAAGAAAGGUGGGCACUCGGCCGCUCCUGCCCCCAUCCUAUUUGAUGUUUUCAUUUUCAAAGGAUCAAACUCAACCGGAGCAAAGCCUGCUGCGGAGUCUCCGGUGUGCGCCUCCCCUUGCUUUCUCACCUGACGGAAAAGCGUUGCGCCGGAACAUAGGCAAAAGAGGCCCUCCGCAUUAUUCUGGGGCGAAAGAAACCUUAACUGCACUUAAAAACACAUUGGUCGUAUAUCACACUUUCUCUCUCAGAUGCUGUGGAAAGACUGAUCCACGCACCUCUCGGUCCUUUUGCGUUGGGGAUGGAAAUGUGAACGCAGGUUUGGAAGUUAGCGUAUUUUCCGCCUCUCAACCGUCUUGUUUAUAUUUUGGGAGUUGGGGAGGAGAAGUUUUGGAAAGAGGAGGACGCUUUGACCCUUCUGGCGUCUGCGUUUCCUAAAGCGGUUGCCGAGUCUCUCCACAAAUUUAUUGCGAAAUGAACUGUUCAUCCUAUAAAACUGUAUAGCACAGACAAAUAACACAGACGGAGUUACUGUUCAUCGGUUGACGUAUCUAACAGCAAGAGCUACCCAUUUUUAUUUCUCCAACUUGUAAAGCAAGAUGAUGAUGAUAAUGAUUAUUAUUGUAAUUAUUAUUCACCUGAAACUGUAUUUUCCUUUUUUCCACAUACACACAUCUUGGAGGAACUAGCUUUUUCACACACGCAUUUUCAUUUCAUCGGCGCACCCCGUUUUUUAAAACGGCAACGAGACCCGACUUUACUUUGUUCUUGACUUUUUUUAAAAAAAGAAAAAGUGAUCUACCUCUUAAAAUUUGUAGUUUUAAUAUUGUUUGGUGACUUUGUGCCACUUUCGCCGCCUUCUUCUUUCACUAUCAUUCCCGUUUUAUUGUGUUACGUGUUGUUGUUACCAUUCUUUUCCUCCCCUCCUUCCCCCGGUUUACGGGGACUUGUGCGUCAAACCGGUGUAUAUAUACAGCAUUUGUAGCAAGUUUGGAAAAAAUAAAAUAUUUAAAAUUAUUUAAAUGGUUUCCCCGGAGACUUCAGUCGCACAAUGUGCGAUUUGCAUUCGGCAUCGAUUUUUGUUUGUCGGUGGGAAGGAGGGGAAGGCGUUAAUCCGGAGAUCGUUCCUGUAACAAAUUUUGCUGUUCUGUAGUUUCUUCUUCUCUUUUUUUGUUGGAGAGUGAUAUAAAGGCUAUUCUACUGAAAACAUUAAAAAUUUCCAAUUUGCCAUACAAAAAAAAA